UUAUGUUUUUCUCGUAGCUUUGACGUUUUGGAACGCCGCCGUGUAGCCGAUGAUAGAAAAUUAGUUGAUUUUAUUCGUUUUUGUUAAAAUCGAAAUUGCUUUAACUGAAAAUGGCACAGCCUCCAAAGUUUACCGGCACCGGCUUGGAGGAAGUAAAUAUUCCUGGUCAAGCAUAUCUGAGGGAGGCAUUGACUUCUUGCACCGACCCUUUAAAGGCUAUUGAGAGUUUUCAGUUGGAAAAUGGUGUUUUACUUCCCUCGUUGCGGCCCAUGCUGCCGUUGUUGGAUUUGCAUGGUGUACGUCGUUUAGAUUUUCACACCUCUUUGAUGGAGGAGUUGCGAGACAAAUUGAUAGCCCACAUAAAUGAAUUGGGUCAAAAAGAUCCACGCGAACGUGACAAGAAACUAAAGGAACUUUUGAUAAAAAGCUUCCCUGUGGUUAGAGUCAAAGCCCUUCGACCAGUGGUUAUGGCCAUUUUGCGUAAUACUCCUCACAUUGAUGACAAAUAUUUACGCAUUUUAGUUCGAGAUCGUGAACUGUAUGCUGAUACGGAUACUGAAGUGAAACGACAAAUUUGGCGUGACAAUCAAUCCUUGUUUGGCGAUGAAGUAUCCCCACUACUGUCGCAAUACAUACGGGAAAAAGAGCACAUUCUUUUUGACCACACAAAUCUCAAUAAUCUAUUUUUCCAUCCUUCGCCCAAGGUUAGACGUCAAGGAGAGGUAGUGCAGAAAUUGGCCAAUAUGAUUGGCCGCAGUGUAAAAUUGUAUGACAUGGUACUGCAGUUUUUGAGAACAUUAUUCUUGAGGACCCGUAAUGUGCAUUACUGUACCUUAAGAGCUGAGUUGCUUAUGGCUUUGCAUGAGCUUGACGUACAAGAGAUUAUAUCGGUGGAUCCGUGUCAUAAAUUCACAUGGUGUUUAGACGCUUGCAUACGGGAGAAAAAUGUGGACAUCAAACGUUCCCGAGAAUUGCAAGGCUUUCUUGAUAACAUAAAGAGGGGCCAGGAGCAAGUUCUAGGUGAUCUUUCUAUGACACUGUGCGACCCAUAUGCCAUUAAUUUCUUAGCCACAUCGGCAAUUAAGAUAUUACAACAUUUAAUCAAUAACGAAGGAUUGCCGCGUGACAACACUAUACUCAUCCUGUUGUUGCGAAUGCUGGCUUUGGGCUUGAGUGCAUGGGUUAUGAUUGAUUCACAGGAUUUCAAAGAGCCCAAAUUGGAUUCACAAGUAGUAACGAAAUUCCUGCCUGCGCUAAUGUCCUUAAUGGUAGAUGAUCAAUGUCGCAGUCUACAUUCCAAAUUACCGCCCGAUGAAAGAGAGUCGGCACUGACUACCAUUGAGCAUUCUGGUCCGGCACCAGAUGCAGUCGAAGCUUACAUCCAAGAAAGUUCGGUAGCUAGUAUAUUGGCCAUGUAUUACACAUUGAAUACAGCUCGUCAAAAGGAUCGUGUAGGUGUUCUACGAGUUCUGGCAAUAUUAUCAUCCUGCAAGGAUGAUCGAUCAUACGAAGAUCCAUUUUUACAUUCACUGAUUGCAUUGCUUAUUCCUAUGGCUGAGGAGUUUACAACCGAAGAUUUUUGUACAACUUUAUUUGAUGAGUUUCUCUUUGCCGGCCUUACCAGAGACAAUGUAACCAGACAUAUGAUUAAAUUAUUGUGGUAUGUACAUAAUAAAUUACCCUCUGGACGUUUGGCAACAUUAAUGAAAGCCAUGCAGCCCACAGCUGGCCACAAUGAAGCUGUCCAUAAACUGUACGAGACACUACAAGAACGAACAUCUUUACAAGAAUGUCCAGCACCGACCGAACAAACAGAGGUUGAUUUCGAUUCACCACUUAAGAGUGUCCCCACCCCCGGUCCACAUUAUAUGCAAUGAAAAGUUUAUUCCCAUCCAAAACAGACCCAUUAAUAAUAAUACAAAAAAAAUGCAUCAUCACUCCAAGUACAUUAAUAUGAAAUGUAAUGUUUGAUGUAUAAUUUUUCUGAUUUAUUAUAUUAUUACAUUUUUUCAUUCAAAAAUUCCAAAUAUAAAUAUUACUUAUAUACAAUACAAA